UACCCGAUAAAUUCAUGGUUGGGUGCAUGAUUGCAAAGUUACCUCCUUCAUGCAGAACUUCGCGAGUACUCUGAAACAUAAGAGACAUGAGAUAUUAGUUGAAAAUCUGAUUGCAUCUCUUGAUGUUGAAGAGAAAGCUCGGGCUAAAGACACUAUUGAGAAAAGAGGUGAGGUUCAACCUACUGACCUAGGGAACAAGAACAAAGGGAAGAACAAGCCUAUUUUCGACAAGCCUGUCAAGACUACUACCGUCAAGAAGAAGUUCAACAAGGUUGAGUUAGAGUGCUACGCCUAUGGGAAGCCCAGACACUUUUCCAAGGAAUGCCUAGACUGUGCAGACCGCAAAGGGAAAACGAGCUCCAAGACUGACAACAUGGUGACCGCUAGCAAUACUGAUGGCUCUCAAGGGAUUCUUCCGUCCUAACGGGGAAUGGGUCGCAUGCUUUUGUUUGUGGCAUUGACACGGUGGAUCAGAAGUUUACUUCGGGGAAGAUCGCACAGCUAAGGAACAUUCAACAUGUCCCUACUAUGAACAAGAAUCUAGUUAGCGGCUCCCGUCUAUGUCGAGAUGGGUUUAGGGUAGUUUUAGAGUCAAAUAAAGUAACCGUGUCAAGAUUUGGACAGUUUAUAGACAAAGGCUAUGAGUGCGGAGUCAUGUUCCGUUUUUCCCUUCCAGAUUUUUGCAAU